AUGCAGCCUGGGGUAUCGGUCACUCCGGGUCUCUCUGAGGCCCUCCUGGAGACGUAUGAGCGCGCUGCGCCAGGGAGCGUAGGCGGCAACGCGUCGGAGGAGACGAAAGGCAAGUUAGCCGAGGCGGUCGCUCAAUGGCACCAUACGCUCACGCAUAACGGCUACGCUGCGUCGACUGGGAAGCGGUGCAAGCUCGUGGAGGUGUCGAUACAGGGGAAGAGCGAGGAGCCGUCGCGGAAGGAGGCUAAGAUUGUUGCGGAGGUGACUGCUACCGGCGACAUGGUGAAUGGGUAUGGGACCGUGCAUGGAGGGUGCAUUAUAUUCCUGAUCGACGUGUUCUCGUCGCUGCCUGUGAUUGCGAUGAACUUUGACCAGACGAAGAACGGGGACGCGGGGCUGUCGUCGAGCAUCAACACGAUAUACCACGCACCUGCUCCCGUUGGUGCGACGUUGAGAAUCGUCGCUUGGAGCACGACGGUUGGUGGACGGACGUUUAGCUCGCGGGCAGAGGUAUGGGACGCCACUAAUCGUCGACUUGUUGCGUCGGGAACGCAUGUGAAGAUGAAGGGGAGGAUGGGACCCAGGUUGUGA